CGGAAGUGAUAACAGCAAUGCUUUUCUGCUAGUUGGCACAAAUGGAAAGCUGUUUAAUGAAAUUUUCACUCCGAAUGUGCGAUAUCAUCCCAAGUUUUUGAUAUUUUAGCCCUGCCAUCACUAUCGUCUGCCCUUUUAUAGACUCGUGAUCAAUGACGGCUUUGGUCAGCAAUGGCUGUCGUGUCAUGGAAGGAGAUUUUACUUCUGACUGGACUGGUGGUGGGAUGUUACUGGAACAGUCUGUCAUGUGGAUUUGUGUUUGAUGAUGUCUCGGCAAUCCUGGACAACAAGGACCUCCGACCCUCAACCCCUAUCCGUAACCUGUUCCUCAAUGACUUUUGGGGAACGCCAAUGGCUGAGGAGCGGAGCCACAAAUCUUACAGACCCCUGACGGUCCUCACAUUCCGACUAAACUACCUCUUCAGUGAGCUCAGCGCAGCUUCCUACCAUCUGCUCAAUGUCAUUUUACAUGCCGUCGUGUGUGUGCUUUUCCUGCGGGUGUGCCGGUUGUUCCUGGACAGGACGUCAAGCUUGGUGGCAGCAUUGCUGUUUGCUGUGCACCCCAUCCACACCGAGGCUGUCACCGGUGUGGUUGGUAGAGCUGAACUUCUUUCUUCAAUUUUCCUCCUGGCUGCAUUCCUGGCGUACACAAAAUCAACAAGCACAGACCAGUCCAUCGUUUGGGCUCCCAUUGCACUCACUGUGGUUUUGGUGGCUGUCGCAACGCUGUGCAAGGAGCAAGGAAUCACCGUGGUCGGCAUCUGUUGUGUCUACGAGGUGUUUGUUGCACAAGGGUUUACCCUGCCCAUGCUGCUGGACACUUUGCGCCAGGUCAUGCAGGGUAAAGAAGGUUUCCCGUAUGCUGUCCUGCAAACUCUGCUAAAGCUCAUCGUCCUCGUCAUCAGCACCCUUUUGCUCGUCAUCAUAAGGGUUCAAGUCAUCCAGUCCCAGCUGCCUGUCUUCACCAGAUUUGAUAACCCGGCAGCAGUCAGUCCCACUCCCACCAGACAGCUGACUUUCAACUACCUGCUUCCUGUGAAUGCAUGGCUUCUGUUGAAUCCUUCAGAACUGUGCUGCGACUGGACUAUGGGUACCAUCCCCCUGGUGGAGUCCCUUAUAGACCUUCGUAACCUGGCCACACUGGUGUUCUACGUAUUUCUGGGACUCCUUGCCCACCACAGCCUGCGCUACAGACACAGCUCUGCCAAGACUGUCAUCAUGGCUUUGUCUUUGAUCGUACUGCCUUUUAUUCCAGCGUCCAACCUCUUCUUCCCUGUGGGUUUUGUUGUGGCAGAGAGAGUACUUUAUGUUCCCAGUAUGGGAUUUUGUGUUCUUGUAGCACAUGGAUUCAAGCUUGUUUCGCAUAAAGGAAAUCUAAAGAAGAUUUCCUGGCUGAUGAUUGGAGUUCUGUUAACUACACAUGCAGUGAAGACUUUCAACAGGAACUGGGACUGGGAGUCAGAGUACACCUUGUUUACAUCUGCCCUGAAGGUUAAUAAGAAUAAUGCAAAGCUGUGGAACAAUGUUGGUCAUGCUCUAGAGAAUCAGAGCAAUUAUGCGAAGGCUCUGCAGUAUUUUCUGCAAGCCACUCACGUCCAACCAGCAGAUGACAUUGGGGCUCACAUGAACGUUGGAAGAACCUACAAGAACUUGAACAGGUCCAAAGAGGCAGAGGAUGCUUACUUGGUUGCCAAAUCUCUGAUGCCACAGGUUAUUCCAGGUAAGAAGUAUGCGACACGCGUGGCCCCCAAUCAUCUCAAUGUCUACAUAAACUUAGCAAAUCUGAUCCGGGCCAAUGACUCACGACUGGAGGAAGCUGACCAGCUCUACAGACAAGCCAUCAGCAUGAGGCCAGACUUCAAACAAGCCUACAUCAGCAGAGGCGAGCUACUGCUGAAGAUGAACAAGCUGACAGAAGCCCGUGACGCCUACCUCCGAGCCUUGGAGCUGGAUCGCACCAAUGCCGACCUGUGGUACAACCUAGCCAUCGUUAACAUCGAGAUGAAAGACCCAUCAGAGGCCCUGAAAAACUUCAACCACGCUCUGGAGCUCAAUCCACGCCACAAGCUAGCACUCUUCAACUCGGCACUUCUCAUGCAGGAAUCAGGUGAGCCGAAGUUCUGGCCUGAAGCCAACCGCCGUUUCCUCACCUAUGUAGAGGAAGAGCCUGACGACGCAAAUGGCUACUUUAACCUUGGCAUGCUGGCCAUGGACGCCAACAAAAACUUGGCCGCCGAGCGCUGGAUGCGCAAAGCCAUCAGUUUGCAGACCGGCUUCCGGAGUGCCUUGUUUAACCUGGCGCUGCUGUACUCUCAGUCCAAACGUGAGACGGACGCACUGCCUGUGCUCGACGAGCUGCUGCACCACCACCCAGAGCACAUUAAAGGCCUCAUUCUGAAGGGCGACAUUCUCAUGAACCACAUGAAGGACACACGUGGCGCCAAAGCUUGUUUUGAACAAAUUUUGCGCAUGGACCCCACCAACGUCCAAGGCAAACACAACUUGUGCGUGGUCUACUUCGAAGAGCGGGACCUGCCGCGAGCCGAGCGCUGCCUUGAGGAAACACUGGCACUGGCACCAAACGAGGAGUAUGUGCGCCGUCACUUGAGUAUCGUGCGUAGUAAAAUGGCUGCCAUGAGUGCAGCGGGGCAGCCUUUUUCUGCGGGGGAGGCAGCCACCACCUCAGCUGAAGUGGGAAAGCCGCAGGGAGUAAAGGAAGGAGGAGACGUUGCUGUGGGUGAGAAGGAAGGGAGGGGUCCCAAUGCUGUUGCAAAGGGGGCUGGCAGCGAGAAGAAUGUGCGGAAAUCCUCUGCAGAAAGCCUCGGAGGUGGAGGGGAAGACCAGUCUGAAUCUUUAGACAGUAGCCAGCUUGGCAAACGGACUAAGGGGAAGUCCACUAAAGAGAUGAAAGAUAUAGAGGAGAAAAGGGCCGCCGCUCUAAAGAGACUAGAGGAGAUUGAGCGUAUAUUAAGUGGUGAUUGACGUCAUUAUCAUUUUAUAGCUGGACUACUUUUGCAGAGCUCUUCAGUCCUCCAGAGUAAGACUGCAACCCCCUCCCUCUCCCCUUAAGAAAAUUGUAUUCUUAACCAUUCAAGCAUUUUUGUGUCUGGUCUUUUCACAUUCAACAGGCCGCUCAGCAAGCUCCUGUUUACCACUAAUCACAUAAAGAAGGGAAAUGUUCUGCACAUGAAAUUCAUGUAACAAUAAGCACAAAGCCAAUUCGGGAUAAUCUAUUUAAAUAUUAUGGGUGUGUGUGUGUCUGAGAGCUUAAUCUGAAUGUGAUUUUACAAAGAUUUUUGUUCUAUGUGUAGUCACUGUUUAUCACUGGAUUUUUUUUUUCUUUUUUUCAAAAGAUGUAAGUCAUUCAUCUGUUAUUGUUUUUAAAAACACAAUGAUUGUAUCGUGGACAAUUAAAGGAAAUGACGCCUUCCCCAGAUUUCCUCAAGCCAGAGUGAUAUCCUCACACUUCGAGGCUCAAAAUAAACCACACUGAGCAAAAUAGGCCCUGAACUCCCCCACACUUCAGCAUCAACAAGCCUAUGCUCCACUGCAGCAGCUAAACUUUAUUGAUCUCACCUUGCACUUCCUGCCCUUACAUCAUCAUCCUCAUACUAGCAGCUGCCUUCGCCUCAGAAUUUCAUUGUGAACCCAUCUAAAGAGCAUUAUCUCAUUCCUUUUUGUCACAUUACUCCCACAAGCACGUCUCCAUGCCUGUCUCCUGUCCGUAGACACAGCCUCAUUAGAUGUGGAUGUUUUUCUGUAAAGUGCCCCAUGGAUAUCACUUUUAAAUGGACAACACCCAUUUUAUGUGACGGACAACAGUGACGCACACUCCUCCAUAGCACCAUGUUUUUUUCAUUUUCCAAAGCAACUUCCACCUCAUAGAGGAGAGGGUGGAAAUUUUUUCAGGACAGUUGCAGAAGUUAAUCUCUUACGUCUUCCUCCACAGUUAAUACGAUGAUGAUGAUUAAAUAACUCAUGGCAGCUAAAGCCCCAUAUUUUUCUGGUUUUAGUAAAACAUUUUCACUUAUCUGCCUUCAAUUCCAACAUUUACUGCAAAACUUAAAAACUUGAAGUUAGAAAAUGCAAAAAUUUCGCCUGCUCCUGUUUUCUCAGAAAAGGAAAAGAAAAAAAAAAUCACCUGAUUGGCUACUUUCCAAGAGGUCUGAUGAUUCUUCUAAUUUUCUGCUCCGACAGCAAAGAAGCAAGCCGACUAAAAACAAUUGAGCUUCAUAAUCAUCAAUAGGAGCGCUGUUAGCCACAACCUUAACAUGAUCAGCCAUGUAAUUGUGGCUGUGAGGCAGUAAGGUCAACUUAAAUUCAUUGCAUUCUUUAAGGUAAAUUAGACAAAUCUGUAUUUUUUUUUCCCCCUUUGCAAGUUAAUUAUGUCUUUGCAGCUCUCAUGAUGUUCCUGUUGUCUCUCCACAGUGCUGACAUUUGUUUCAGCACAAUGAUUGCUCGUUGCAGUGACAUUACACAGAGGAAGACUGAUUACUGUAGGUUAGGAGCAGUAUUGCGGUACUAAGUAGCUUUGCUAUGCAUUGACCUUGGCGACCUGAAAUAUCUUUUUACAAUAAUUUUCAGGGUUCUGUAACCAGUAUUAUUUAUUACUUUUAUACUUCAUGCACUACCAGUUCUGUAGUUUUUUUUUUUUUUUUUUUUUUUUGGUGCUUAAGUUUGUUACCACUAAUUUUCAGUGUCAUAUGUUAAGGCAUUCAUGAUUUUUACAGAUUCCCAUGUCAGUGUUAAACGCUGACAAAAUAAUCACCUGCCUGCCCCCACAGAAAUAAGGUACAGCUUUGGACGUGGAAGCAUCCAUUUAGCUAAUUGUUUUGUUUAAGAAAUUUCUUUUUUUUUUUUUUUUUUUUUUAUGCCUUGGUGGUGGUAGGUCUCUGUUAUUAAAUAAAGUAAAAUAAAAAUAA